AUGGGAAUCGCUCACUUUUCUCCUUCUUCAUCUCCAUCCAUGUCUCUCACCAGAGCCAACGGUUUCUCUAUUGGCCAGACCGUUGAAGUCAUCAACAAUUCUCCCCUUUCUUACUUUGAAGCCACCGUAAUCUCUCGCCUCCCCAAUGGCUGCUACGUCGUCGAGUACAACUCACUAAAUGACGACGACGAGGAAGACAACCACGAUAACCGUUUCUUCACAGAAACCGUUUACCCUAACGACCUUCGUCCUCAGCCACCACCUCUCGUUGUUUCAGCCGCCGGUUUUUCUCUAAACCAAAAGGUGGAUGCAUACGAAAACGAGGGCUGGUGGGUUACCACUGUUAUCGGGAGAAGAGACUCGAAUUACUAUUAUGUUCGCUGUGUCACCGGGGACAGUGACAUUGUGGUUCAUUCUUCUCAGCUUAGGGUUCAUCAAGACUGGAUCGGUGAACGUUGGGUUUUGCCCUAG